CAAGCCGCGGCGGCCCGCGCGCCUCGGCGCGCGCGGGGCGCGCCUGGGGCGGGCGGAAAUGGCAGCGGACGACGGGGAGGACUUCGACGACCUGGACGCCCUGGAGCAGGACGUGGCUGGCGGCGCCGCGCUUGCCCAGGGCGCCGCUGCUGCCCCCAGCGCGCUGGGACCGCGCUACGUGGUCCAGGACGACACUCGCUGAUGAAGUAGAAGCUCGCAGGCGGCACGAUGCCAGUGAGCGGCGCUGGGCACGGAAGGAGACCUGGGCGCCUUGGGCCUCGACCCCGCAGGCUGCGCCGCCACCGCGGAGGCGGCCGCGGAGGACGACGGCGAGGACCUGGGCGGCGGCCCCGACGCCGGAGGGGCGCCGGGGAGCCCGCGGGCCCGCCCCGCUACGAGGUGGGGCAGUUGCUGGAGCUGCGAUGCGGGGAGGACAGACUCGUGGGCGCCUUGCCAAGUGGUGCACGUGGACGUUACCGUGGUUGGGCCCAUGUACGCCGUGCAGAUGCAGGGCGGGCAGGUGCAGUCGCUGGUGAAGGAGGGGCGAGUUGCGGCCCCCCACGGGCGUGUGAGCGCCCGCCCGAAGGGCGCGCGCUCGCGGGCGACUGCAGCCCCCGGCCUGCAGGGAGGAGUCAGGAGGGUCGAGGCGGGGAGGGAGGAGCGGGGCAGCCCGGGGGCAGAGCUUGGAACGGGGCGGGCUUUGCUCUGGCCCGCGACCUCUGCGCCGCGUUCGCGGGCGCCGCGCAACGAGAAAAGCAUCCGCGGCGCGGCGGCCGCGGCGUCGGCGCCCGCCGACCGGGUGCCCUCGGUAGCGCCGGUGUCGCAGGAGUCGGCCGUGAUCCCAGACCACUUCGCGUCGUGACAACAAUCACGACGGGAAGCUUUUCGCUAUUUUCGGCCUUUGGGUGCCCCUACCGGGCC